AUGGUGGGAUCUUCUGAGCCGGUGGUGAUCCCCGAUUGCGCAUCCCGCCAUCCGGGCGGAUACCCAAGUGCUCCCACGGACACGGAGGCGUGGGAGCUACAACAGAUCCAGACGCGCGAGGACGAUGAGCAAUUGAAUUAUUCCUCGGCAUCGGCCUCUUCGGGAGAAGAAUACCGAGUCACAACCAGGACCGUCUCACGGUCGAGUGCGCAACGUCCGCCGCCAGACCGCAAAGGUGCCUGGAAAGUGGUACAUCGAUUCUGGACACACCAGGUUGCCAUCAUUGUACCUCAGAAAUCCAAUCGUGAUCAUUUGGCACUUGAAAGAACCUUCCUUGCGUACAUGCGGACCUCGGUGGUCGUCGCAAUGCAAGGUGUCCUAAUAUCACAGUUGUUUCGUCUACAACGGCCUCAAGCGACUCAUCACCCCCGUCUUCGAUUCUAUGAUGUGGGCGUUCCACUGGCGGUUGCUUGUCACCUGGUCGCCAUCAUCGUCGCUUGCAUUGGGGCUUUUAGGUUCUGGCGACAGCAAAGUGCCAUCUCCCGGGGCAAGUUCACUCGUCGACCGAUUCGACGGUCGCAUCUGUGUGUUCCUGACUUUGUGUCAUCAACGACUAAUCGAUUCGGGUUGGCGCAGUUGAUCUUGGUAACUCUGAUCCUCUCAGUGGUGAUUCUGGUCGAGAUCGACCUUUAUCCGUCCUCGUUGUUCCGUCUGAUGGUAUGA